GGGAGGGUUCCCGGGCCCCGCAUCCAGGCUCGCCGGUCCGCGGUGUGAUACCCUCGACAUCUUCAGGAAGAAAGUACCUGUCGUUCCUGCCUCUACAGGCUCAUGCCAGCCCAGCUCACAGAAUCAGAAACAGAAGUGUGCUUCAUCCACCAGCCAAGAUGAACAUGGUGAAGAGGAUCAUGGGGCGGCCUCGGCAGGAGGAGUGCAGUCCGCAGGACAACGCCUUGGGCCUGAUGCACCUCCGCCGCCUCUUCAGCGAGCUGUGCCAUCCUCCGAGGCACAUGACUCAGAAAGAACAGGAAGAAAAGCUGUACAUGAUGCUGCCCGUGUUCAAUAGGGUUUUUGGAAACGCUCCACCAAAUACUAUGACAGAAAAAUUUUCUGACCUUCUGCAGUUCACAACGCAAGUCUCGCGACUAAUGGUGACAGAGAUUCGGAGGAGAGCAUCAAACAAAUCCACAGAGGCUGCAAGUCGGGCCAUUGUCCAGUUCUUGGAGAUCAAUCAGAGUGAAGAAGCCAGUAGAGGCUGGAUGCUGCUGACAACCAUCAACCUGCUGGCAUCCUCUGGUCAGAAAACCGUGGACUGCAUGACAACGAUGUCAGUGCCUUCCACCCUGGUUAAAUGUCUGUAUCUGUUCUUUGACCUUCCACAUGUGCCUGAGGCAGGUGGAGGUGCCCAGAAUGAGCUACCUCUAGCGGAGCGCCGCGGACUGCUCCAGAAAGUCUUUGUACAGAUCUUAGUAAAGCUGUGCAGUUUCGUUUCUCCAGCGGAGGAGCUAGCCCAGAAGGAUGACCUGCAGCUCUUGUUCAGUGCAAUAACCUCUUGGUGCCCCCCCUAUAACCUGCCCUGGAGGAAGAGCGCGGGGGAGGUCCUCACGACCAUCUCCCGCCACGGGCUGAGUGUCAACGUGGUGAAGUAUAUUCACGAAAAAGAAUGUUUGUCUACGUGUGUGCAGAACAUGCAGCAGUCCGACGACCUGUCUCCCCUGGAGAUUGUCGAAAUGUUCGCAGGGCUCUCGUGCUUCCUCAAAGACUCCAGCGGCGUCUCCCAAACUCUCCUGGAUGACUUCCGGAUAUGGCAAGGAUAUAAUUUCCUCUGUGACCUCUUGCUCAGAUUGGAACAAGCGAAAGAGGCAGAAUGCAGAGAUGCCUUGAAGGAUCUGGUGAAUCUGGUAACUUCCCUGACCACGUAUGGGGUCAGUGAGCUCAAGCCAGCUGGUGUCACCACAGGGGCCCCCUUCUUGUUGCCUGGAUUUACAGUACCUCAGCCUGCAGGCAAAGGUCACAGUGUGAGGAACGUCCAGGCCUUUGCAGUUCUUCAGAAUGCAUUUUUAAAAGCAAAAACCAACUUCCUUGCCCAGAUCAUCCUUGACGCCAUCACAAACAUUUACAUGGCUGACAAUGCCAACUACUUCAUCCUAGAGUCCCAGCACACCCUGUCCCAGUUUGCGGAGAAGAUCGCCAAGCUCCCAGACGUGCAGAACAAAUACUUUGAAAUGCUGGAGUUUGUCGUUUUUAGCUUAAAUUAUAUUCCUUGUAAAGAACUCAUUAGCGUUAGUAUCCUGUUGAAAUCCAGCUCCUCUUACCACUGUAGCAUCAUUGCGAUGAAAACCCUCCUGAAGUUUACAAGACACGACUACAUCUUUAAAGACGUCUUCAGAGAGGUGGGCCUUCUGGAGGUCAUGGUCAACCUUUUGCAUAAGUAUGCUGCCCUCUUGAAGGAUCCAACUCAGGCGCUCAGUGAGCAAGGGGACUCAAGAAAUAAUAGUUCAGUUGAAGACCAAGAACACUUGGCUCUGUUGGUGAUGGAGGCCUUGACCGUGCUCCUUCAAGGCUCGAACACAAAUGCAGGAAUCUUCCGAGAGUUUGGCGGCGCACGAUGUGCACACAAUAUAGUCAGGUACCCGCAGUGCCGGCAGCACGCCCUGAUGACCAUACAGCAGCUGGUGCUCUCUCCGAAUGGGGACGACGACAUGGGCACCCUCCUGGGGCUGAUGCACUCAGCCCCACCCACAGAACUGCAGUUGAAGACCGACAUCUUAAGGGCCCUCCUUUCAGUCCUUCGAGAAAGCCAUCGCUCAAGAACAGUUUUUAGGAAAGUUGGAGGCUUUGUGUACAUCACAUCCUUGCUCGUGGCUAUGGAGAGGUCCUUGAGCUGUCCUCCCAAGAACGGCUGGGAGAAGGUGAGCCAGAACCAAGUGUUUGAGCUCCUCCACACCGUGUUCUGCACGCUGACAGCAGCCCUGCGCUACGAGCCGGCCAACUCGCAUUUCUUCAAGACAGAGAUUCAGUAUGAGAAGCUGGCAGAUGCUGUGCGGUUUCUUGGCUGCUUCUCGGACCUUAGGAAAAUAAGUGCCAUGAAUGUCUUCCCCUCCAACACGCAACCUUUCCAAAGACUGCUCGAGGAAGAAGCCACCUCAGCAGACUCCGUGGCGCCCACCCUGCGGCACUGCAGCAAGCUCUUCAUCUAUCUCUACAAAGUAGCCACCGAUUCUUUUGACAGUCGUGCAGAACAGAUCCCUCCCUGCCUGACAAGCGAGUCUUCUCUCCCCUCUCCUUGGGGAACACCAGCUUUGUCCAGGAAAAGGCAUGCCUUUCAUUGCGUCUCAACUCCUCCUGUGUAUCCUGCAAAAGGUGUCGCUGACCUGAAGCUCGACAUGACGAGUUCACCUCUCCCGAGUUCCGACGCUGUCAUCAUCCACCCUGGAGCCAUGCUGGUCAUGCUGGACCUCCUGGCCUCUGUGGGCUCAGUGACUCAGCCAGAGCAUGCUUUGGACCUUCAACUUGCUGUGGCCAAUAUUUUACAAUCGCUGGUGCACACGGAGAGGAACCAGCAGGUCAUGUGUGAAGCUGGUCUUCAUGCACGGCUGCUGCAGAGGUGCAGUGCUGCCCUGGCUGACGAGGACCACUCGCUGCAUCCACCCCUCCAGCGCAUGUUCGAACGCUUAGCCUCCCAGGCCUUGGAGCCCAUGGUGCUGAGGGAGUUUUUGCGUUUGGCAAGCCCUUUGAAUUGUGGUGCCUGGGACAAAAAGCUGCUGAAGCAAUAUAGGGUCCACAAGCCAAGUUCGCUGAGCUACGAGCCCGAGAUGAGAAGCAGCAUGGUCACCUCUCUGGAAGGUCUGGGCUCUGACAACGUUUUCAGCCUACAUGAGGAUAACCAUUAUAGGAUAAGUAAAAGUCUGGUGAAGUCUGCAGAAGGAAGCACUGUUCCCUUGACCAGGGUGAAAUGUCUCGUCUCCAUGACAACCCCUCAUGACAUCAGACUUCAUGGCUCCUCCGUUACUCCAGCAUUUGUUGAAUUUGACACAUCCCUUGAAGGCUUUGGCUGCCUGUUUCUGCCCAGCCUGGCUCCCCAUAACGCCCCUACCAAUAAUGCUGUUACAACUGGUCUUACUGAUGGGGCCGUGGUCAGUGGCAUUGGGUCAGGUGAGAGGUUCUUCCCUCCUCCUUCUGGCCUAAGCUAUUCCAGCUGGUUUUGCAUCGAGCACUUCAGUUCUCCCCCAAAUAACCACCCAGUCAGGCUCCUCACUGUUGUGCGGCGAGCGAACUCCUCCGAGCAGCAUUAUGUUUGCCUUGCCAUAGUUCUGUCUGCAAAAGACCGCUCCCUAAUUGUCUCCACGAAGGAGGAGCUACUCCAGAACUACGUUGAUGACUUCAGUGAAGAAUCCUCCUUCUAUGAGAUUCUCCCGUGCUGUGCCCGCUUUCGAUGUGGAGAACUGAUAGUGGAAGGACAGUGGCAUCAUCUGGUUCUGCUGAUGAGCAAAGGCAUGCUGAAGAACAGCACCGCGGCCCUCUACAUCGACGGGCAGCUCGUCAGCACUGUGAAGUUGCAUUAUGUCCACAGCACUCCUGGAGGCUCCGGCUCAGCAAAUCCCCCAGUGCUGAGCACAGUCUACGCCUACAUCGGGACUCCGCCUGCACAGCGCCACACUGCAUCACUGGUUUGGCGCCUGGGGCCCACUCACUUCUUAGAGGAAGUUCUACCUCCUUCCAGUGUCACCACUAUCUAUGAACUCGGACCAAAUUAUGUUGGAAGUUUCCAGGCUGUCUGCGUGCCAUGUAAAGAUGUAAAGUCUGAAGGUGUCAUUCCUUCGCCUGUGUCACUAGUUGCAGAGGAAAAGGUGUCAUUUGGCCUCUAUGCGCUCUCCGUGUCCUCCCUAACAGUGGCGAGAAUUCGGAAAGUCUAUAACAAGUUAGACAGCAAAGCUAUCGCUAAACAGUUGGGCAUUUCCUCCCAUGAGAAUGCCACCCCUGUGAAGCUGGUUCACAAUGCCGCAGGCCAUCUCAAUGGCCCAGCACGCACAAUUGGGGCCGCUCUCAUUGGUUACUUGGGAGUAAGAACGUUUGUCCCUAAGCCUGUUGCCACUACGCUGCAGUACAUUGGAGGAGCUGCUGCCAUCCUGGGCCUUGUGGCCAUGGCCUCUGAUGUGGAAGGGUUGUAUGCAGCAGUCAAGGCUCUGGUCUGUGUGGUCAAGAGUAACCCGCUAGCCAGUAAGGAGAUGGAGAGAAUCAAGGGCUAUCAGUUGUUGGCAAUGCUGCUAAAAAAGAAACGCUCCCUUCUCAACAGCCACAUCCUGCAUCUCACGUUUUCCCUGGUGGGGACCGUUGACAGUGGCCAUGAGACAUCCAUUAUUCCCAAUUCCACGGCUUUCCAGGACCUGCUUUGUGAUUUUGAAGUCUGGCUCCACGCACCGUAUGAACUUCAUCUUUCUUUAUUUGAACACUUCAUUGAACUGCUGACCGAGUCCAGUGAGGCUUCCAAGAAUGCCAAGUUAAUGAGGGAAUUUCAGCUAAUCCCCAAGCUGCUCCUGACUCUCCGAGACAUGUCCUUGUCUCAGCCGACCAUUGCUGCUAUUAGUAAUGUCCUGAGCUUCCUGCUGCAGGGCUUCCCCAGCAGCAACGACCUGCUCAGGUUUGGCCAGUUCAUCUCCUCUACGUUGCCAACCUUUGCAGUUUGUGAGAAAUUCGUGGUUAUGGAAAUUAAUAAUGAAGAGAAACCUGAUGUGGGGUCAGAAGAGGAGUUCGGAGGUCUUGUAUCUGCUAAUCUUAUACUUCUGAGGAACAGACUUCUAGACAUCUUGCUAAAACUAGUUCAUACAUCGAAAGAAAAGACAAGCAUUAACUUGCAGGCUUGUGAAGAGCUGGUGAGGACCCUGGGUUUUGACUGGAUCCUGAUGUUCAUGGAAGAACACUUGCAUCCCACCACGGUCACAGCUGCCAUGCGGAUCCUUGUGGCCCUGCUGAGUAACCAGUCGAUCCUCAUCAAGUUUAAGGAAGGACUCAGCGGCGGAGGAUGGCUGGAGCAGACGGAUUCUGUGCUGACAAAUAAGAUAGGGACUGUGCUAGGGUUCAAUGUGGGCAGGAGUGCCGGUGGGAGAUCCACAGUCAGGGAGAUUAACCGGGAGGCCUGCCAUUUUCCCGGCUUCCUGGUUCUGCAGUCUUUCCUGCCUAAGCACACGAAUGUCCCUGCCCUCUAUUUCCUCCUCAUGGCCUUGUUUCUGCAGCAGCCUGUGAGUGAGCUGCCUGAGAACCUGCAGGUCAGUGUGCCUGUCACCAGCAGCCGAUGUAAGCAGGGCUGCAAGUUUGACUUGGAUUCCAUCUGGACCUUUAUCUUUGGAGUCCCCGCCUCCAGCGGAACAGUGGUCUCUUCCAUCCACAACGUGUGCACAGAAUCUGCUUUCUUACUGCUGGGGAUGCUGCGCAGCAUGCUGAAUUCACCCUGGCAGUCAGAAGAAGAGGGGUCGUGGCUCCGCGAGUACCCAGUGACCCUGAUGCAGUUUUUCAGAUACUUGUACCACAACGUUCCAGACCUCGCCUCCAUGUGGAUGAGUCCCGAUUUCCUGUGUGCCUUAGCAGCCACCGUCUUCCCCUUCAACAUUCGCCCUUACUCAGAGAUGGUGACAGAUCUCGAUGACGAGGUUGGCUCUCCAGCAGAAGAAUUUAAAGCCUUCGCCGCAGACACAGGCAUGAAUAGGAGCCAAUCAGAGUACUGCAAUGUGGGCACCAAGACAUAUUUAACCAAUCAUCCAGCUAAGAAGUUUGUUUUUGACUUCAUGAGAGUCUUAAUGAUCGACAACCUCUGCCUCACCCCUGCUAGCAAGCAAACACCUCUAAUUGAUCUUUUGUUGGAGGCCUCUCCUGAACGAUCUACAAGAACGCAGCAGAAGGAAUUCCAGACACACAUUUUGGAUAGCGUGAUGGACCACUUGCUUGCAGCUGACGUGUUAUUGGGGGAGGAUGCAUCUCUGCCCAUUACCAGUGGAGGAAGCUACCAGGUGCUGGUGAACAACGUAUUUUAUUUCACACAGCGUGUGGUGGACAAGCUUUGGCAAGGCAUGUUCAACAAAGAAUCUAAACUUCUUAUAGAUUUUAUAAUUCAACUCAUUGCACAGUCAAAGAGAAGAUCACAGGGAUUGUCGCUUGAUGCGGUCUAUCACUGCCUCAAUAGGACCAUCUUGUACCAGUUCUCACGUGCACACAAAACUGUCCCUCAGCAAGUGGCUCUCCUUGAUUCACUCAGGGUCCUUACUGUAAACCGCAACUUGAUCCUGGGACCCGGCAACCACGACCAAGAAUUCAUUAGCUGUCUUGCUCACUGCCUGAUUAAUCUGCAUGUUGGAAGCAACGUGGAAGGAUUUGGCUUGGAAGCAGAAGCACGCAUGACCACGUGGCACAUCAUGAUUCCCUCAGACAUUGAACCCGACGGGGGCUACAGCCAAGAUAUCAGUGAAGGGCGUCAGCUUCUUAUUAAAGCCGUCAACAGAGUCUGGACUGAGCUGAUCCACAGUAAGAAGCAAGUCCUGGAGGAGCUUUUCCGAGUCAGCCUGCCCGUGAACGACAGGGGCCACGUGGACAUAGCCACCGCACGACCACUCAUCGAAGAGGCUGGUUUGAAAUGCUGGCAGAAUCAUUUGGCCCAUGAGAAGAAGUGCAUAAGUCGGGGAGAAGCCUUGGUGCCUACCACACAAUCCAAACUGUCGCGGGUCAGCAGCGGCUUCGGCCUUUCCAAACUGACAGGGUCGAGAAGGAAUCGAAAGGAAAGCGGCCUUCACAAACACAACCCUUCCACCCAGGAGAUCUCCCAAUGGAUGUUUACACAUAUCGCUGUUGUGCGUGACCUGGUGGACACACAGUACAAGGAAUAUCAGGAGCGCCAGCAGAACGCUCUGAAGUACGUGACGGAGGAGUGGUGCCAGAUGGAGUGCGAGCUCCUGCGGGAGCGCGGGCUGUGGGGCCCGCCCAUCGGCUCCCACCUGGACAAGUGGAUGUUAGAGAUGACGGAGGGGCCCUGCCGGAUGAGGAAGAAGAUGGUGCGCAAUGACAUGUUCUACAACCACUACCCUUACGUGCCGGAGACGGAACAGGAGACCAGCGUGGCGUCUGAGAUCCCAAGUAAACAACCCGAGGCUCCGAAUGAUGUCAUUGCCCAGAAGAAACCGGCUCGGUACAGAAGAGCUAUAAGCUAUGACAGUAAAGAAUACUACUUACGCCUGGCCUCUGGGAACCCAGGCAUUGUUCAGGAUGCUAUCGUAGAGAGUUCAGAAGGGGAAGCUACCCAGCAAGAACCAGAGCAUGGAGAAGACACCAUUGCCAAGGUCAAAGGCCUGGUGAAGCCUCCCCUGAAGCGCUCUCGGUCCGCACCUGAUGGAGGCGAUGAGGAGACCCAGGAGCAGCUACAAGACCAGAUCGCUGAGAGCAGCUCCAUAGAAGAGGAGGAGAAGACAGACAAUGCCACCUUGCUGCGCCUGUUGGAGGAAGGAGAGAAGAUUCAACACAUGUACCGCUGUGCUCGCGUCCAGGGCCUGGACACCAGUGAGGGGCUACUGCUGUUUGGGAAAGAGCACUUUUAUGUGAUUGAUGGAUUUACCAUGACAGCAACCAGGGAAAUAAGAGACAUUGAAACUUUACCUCCAAAUAUGCAUGAGCCGAUUAUCCCUCGGGGAGCCAGACAAGGUCCCAGUCAACUCAAGAGAACAUGCAGCAUUUUUGCAUAUGAAGACAUCAAGGAGGUGCAUAAAAGGAGGUACCUCCUGCAGCCUAUCGCUGUUGAAGUUUUCUCUGGGGAUGGACGGAAUUACCUCCUGGCUUUUCAAAAGGGAAUUCGGAAUAAAGUCUACCAAAGGUUCCUGGCAGUUGUGCCAUCUCUCACUGACAGCUCAGAGUCUGUCUCCGGUCAGAGACCAAACACCAGUGUGGAACAAGGGUCUGGAUUGCUCAGUACUUUGGUUGGUGAGAAGUCUGUGACCCAGAGGUGGGAGAGAGGUGAAAUCAGCAACUUCCAGUAUUUGAUGCACUUGAACACCCUGGCCGGCAGAUCCUACAAUGACCUCAUGCAGUACCCCGUCUUCCCCUGGAUUCUCGCAGACUACGACUCCGAGGAGGUUGAUCUUACUAAUCCCAAGACAUUCAGAAACCUGGCUAAGCCAAUGGGCGCACAGACGGACGAACGGCUGGCCCAGUAUAAGAAGCGGUAUAAGGACUGGGAGGACCCCAAUGGAGAAACUCCAGCAUACCACUAUGGCACUCACUAUUCGUCGGCAAUGAUUGUGGCCUCUUAUCUCGUCAGAAUGGAGCCUUUCACACAGAUAUUCUUGCGGCUUCAGGGCGGACACUUCGAUCUGGCAGACCGGAUGUUCCACAGCGUGCGUGAGGCCUGGUACUCCGCGUCAAAGCACAACAUGGCAGAUGUGAAAGAACUUAUCCCAGAAUUUUUUUAUUUGCCAGAAUUCCUGUUCAAUUCUAACAACUUUGACCUGGGCUGCAAACAAAAUGGCACCAAGCUUGGAGACGUCAUCCUACCACCCUGGGCAAAGGGAGACCCGAGAGAGUUCAUCAGAGUCCACCGCGAGGCUCUGGAGUGUGACUACGUGAGCGCCCACCUGCACGAGUGGAUCGACCUGAUCUUCGGCUAUAAGCAGCAGGGCCCUGCAGCAGUGGAAGCUGUCAACGUCUUCCAUCACCUCUUUUAUGAGGGUCAAGUGGAUAUCUACAACAUAAACGACCCUCUGAAGGAGACAGCCACCAUUGGCUUCAUUAACAACUUCGGUCAGAUCCCUAAGCAGCUGUUUAAGAAGCCUCACCCACCAAAGCGAGUGAGGAGUCGGCUCAACGGAGACAACAUUGGCAUCUCCAUCCCCCCGGGAGUCACCAGUGACAAGCUCUUCUUCCACCACCUAGACAACCUGAGACCUUCGCUGACCCCUGUGAAAGAACUCAAAGAGCCUGUGGGGCAGAUUGUCUGCACAGACAAAGGAAUUCUUGCAGUAGAGCAGAACAAGGUUCUUAUCCCACCAGCAUGGAACAAGACCUUCGCCUGGGGCUAUGCAGACCUCAGCUGCAGACUGGGGACCUACGAGUCAGAUAAGGCAGUGACUGUCUAUGAAUGUCUGUCCGAGUGGGGCCAGAUUCUCUGCGCCAUCUGCCCCAACCCCAAGCUCGUGAUCACGGGCGGAACAAGCACGGUGGUGUGUGUGUGGGAGAUGGGCACCUCCAAAGAAAAGGCCAAGCCCCUCACGCUUAAGCAGGCUUUACUUGGCCACACGGACACUGUUACCUGCGCCACAGCAUCGCUAGCCUAUCACAUAAUUGUUAGCGGGUCCCGAGACCGAACCUGCAUCAUUUGGGAUUUGAACAGACUGUCGUUUCUAACCCAGCUCCGUGGCCACCGAGCUCCCGUUUCUGCUCUUUGUAUUAAUGAGUUAACAGGGGACAUUGUGUCCUGUGCCGGCACACACAUCCAUGUGUGGAGCAUCAACGGCAACCCGAUCGUGAGUGUGAACACAUUCACAGGCAGGAGCCAGCAGAUCGUCUGCUGCUGUGUGUCCGAGAUGAACGAGUGGGACACGCAGAAUGUCAUUGUGACAGGACACUCGGAUGGCGUGGUCCGGUUCUGGAGGAUGGAAUUUCUACAAGUCCCCGAAACACCAGCUCCUGAGCCUGUGGAAGAACUGGAAACGCAGGAGGGCUGUCCUGAAGCUCAGAUAGGGCAGCAAGCCCAAGAUGAAGACAGCACCGAUUCGGAAACAGAGGAGCCGAGCAUCAGCCAGGAGCCCAAGGAAACGGCCAGCCAGCCCAGUAGCACCAGCCACAGGCCCAGGGCAGCCUCCUACAGAGCCACUGCCACGUGGUGUACGGACAGCAGCUCAGAUGACUCCAGGCGCUGGUCCGACCAGCUCAGUCUUGAUGAAAAAGAUGGCUUCAUAUUUGUGAACUACUCUGAGGGCCAGACCAGAGCCCAUCUGCAGGGCCCCCUCACUCAUGCCCACCCCAACCCCAUCGAAGCACGAAAUUACAGCAGAUUGAAACCAGGGUACCGGUGGGAGCGGCAGCUGGUGUUCAGAAGCAAACUGACGAUGCACACGGCCUUUGAUCGAAAGGACAAUGCACACCCAGCUGAGGUCACUGCACUGGGUGUCUCCAAGGACCACAGCAGAAUCCUCGUUGGUGACAGUCGGGGCCGCGUGUUCAGCUGGUCUGUGAGUGACCAGCCCGGCCGCUCUGCUGCUGACCACUGGGUGAAGGAUGAAGGUGGCGACAGCUGCUCCGGCUGCUCCGUGCGCUUUUCCCUCACAGAAAGACGGCACCAUUGCAGGAACUGUGGGCAGCUCUUCUGUCAGAAGUGCAGUCGAUUUCAGUCAGAAAUCAAGCGCUUGAAAAUCUCAUCCCCGGUGCGAGUCUGCCAGAACUGUUACUAUAGCUUACAGCACGAGAGAGGAGCGGAAGACGGGCCUCGAAACUGCCGAGACUGAGGGAGCUCUCUGGGUCCCGUCUCAGCGCCGAGUGCACUGAAGCAGCCCCCACUUGCACAGCUCCUCACACUGAGGAUCUCUGGAUCACGGUUCCAAGGCCAGUGACUGGCAGGCACUAGCAGUGAGCAGCACAAGAUGAACGCGAGGUGGUUCCAGGCGUGUUUCAGAACCCAAGUCUCCCGUAGCGUGUGCCCCAACUGUCUUUCCUGCAUCUCAUUUUUAUAGAGCUAUUCAUCCUUAUUUGGAAAAAUCAACAAAAACUUUUAAAAAAGGCUUAUAGAAAACAGUAGUAAAUCUGACUUCUUUGCAAGCAGCUGUGUAUACUGUAAAUAGGUAUAAAGGCCUUUUUUUUCUAAAUAAGGACCUAAUUGCCUGUAACAUGAGACUUCAAACUAAGCCACUAACUCAAUGAACUGUUUAAGGUUUGUCUAACAUCUCUCAAUUAUAAAUAAGGGUUUUUUUUAAUCCUCAAAGACAUUAUCUGUAAUAUUUUUUUUCCUGUUCAAACCAAGCCUGUGUGCCUGAUACCAUUUCUUUCAAGUUGCCCACAGUAUCUCCACUUAAAAUAGGCUAGUAACCAAAAUUGUGUAGCCCUGCUUUCGGAGCUAAUGUGGGAGAAGAGCGGUCUGGUCAUGCGGUGACCCGCAAGUACCUGAGCAUCGUGUUGUGGCUGCACACCACCACAGUGUUCUUACAUGACAGGCCCCCUCACCUGACCUGUGGGCUGUGUGGUCCCAGCGCACCUCGGCAUCGAUGGCCCAAAGGGGACCAGGUGACCAACGUCAGGCAGGACACAGCCCUGCCUCAGUUAAUGGAAAUAGAUUUGCAUGUCACCCCAAAUUAGCUUCUCUGCACAGAGCAUAACAAGUGUGUGUCUUUGGAGACACUGUGUUCUACUACAACUUAUUUUCAAAGAGGGUUUAAAAAAGUGUACAGAAUUAACAUUUAAACCUUGUAAAACUGGAUCAUGUCAGAACUGCUUAAGAUGAACCUUUCCCAUCUAAUGCCAUCUACCUGAGACAGUGAGAUUUAUACUGUAUCGAUGUCUAUUUUUUUGGUUUUGCUAUGAAUAUAAUUACAAUAUUUUAAUAUUUA